CGUCCGUUUCGUCUGCGUUAAUUUCACGCUCAUUGAAGUGAUCCCUCUCCUUCUUUCGAAUUCUGGAUCUGCCACUUUCCAGUUCUGCUCACCUUCGUUCCAACGCGAUGAGGAAGGGAACCAAGAGGAAAGCUAGUAAGAACGAAGAUGCUAAGUUCGCGGAGAAGGAGAACCGUAAAGAAUCUACCACAGCCACAGCAGCUACUCGAGCUAAGCGAGUCAAGGCUUCCAAACCUGAUUCCCAACCGGAGUACUUCCAGGAUAAGCGCAAUUUGGAAGACCUGUGGAAGGCAGCGUUCCCUGUGGGAACAGAGUGGGAUCAACUGGAUUCUGUUUACCAGUACAAUUGGAAUUUCUCGAAUCUUGAAGAUGCAUUUGAAGAAGGGGGGAAACUAUACGGGGAGAAAGUUUACCUAUUUGGUUCUACAGAGCCACAACUUGUCUCUUUCAAGGGUGAAAGUAGAGUUAUCUGCAUUCCUGUAGUGGUGGCUGUUGUCUCACCUUUCCCACCUUCUGAUAAAAUUGGGAUUAACUCUGUUCAACGAGAAGCUGAAGAGAUCAUACCCAUGAAACAGAUGAAAAUGGGUUGGGUUCCCUACAUUCCUCUCGAGGAUAGGGAUAGCCGAGUUGAUAAGCUGAAAUCCCAAAUAUUUAUAUUAAGUUGCACUCAGAGAAGGGCUGCUCUAAAGCAUUUGAAGAUAGAUCGUGUCAAGAAGUACGAAUACUGCUUGCCUUAUUUCUACCAGCCCUUCAAGGAAGAUGAGCUGGAGCAAAGCACCGAGGUCCAAAUAAUAUUUCCAGCCGAACCAAAGCCAAUUUUCUGUGAAUUUGAUUGGGAACUAGAUGAACUUCAGGAGUUCACAGAUAAGCUGAUUGAAGAGGAGGAAUUAUCUGAAGAUCAGAAGGAUGCCUUCAAGGAGUUCGUUAAGGAGAAAGUUAGAGAAGCAAAGAAAGCUAAUCGAGAGGCAAGGGAAGCACGUAAGAAAGUGCUUCAGGAAAUGAGCGAGGAAACAAAAGCAGCAUUUGAGAAAAUGAGGUUCUACAAGUUCUACCCAGUUCAAACACAAGAUAGCCCUGAUAUUUCCAACGUCAAGGCUCCAUUCAUAAACAGGUACUACGGAAAGGCUCACGAGAUUCUGUGAUUCGGUUUGGUGAUGGACAAGAAGGAAAGAAGUUUCUAGCCCUGCUCGAUUGAAGGGGUACUGAGUUCUCACUAAGAACUCUUGGAAGCAAGUUCCGCACAUUUGUCGAUCGAGGAUUUUGAAUCAGGCUGUUGCCUUAGAACUUUUAAGCUAAGGUAGGUACCGUUACCACCGAUCAUAAGGAAUGUGUAAAAAUUGAAUGUGUAAGCCCCGGUUUUUCAGCUACAGAGAUGGGGGCUUCCCGCCACUUGAGUUUGGGGAAACCCCCAAAAGUUUUCCUCCUCGACAAUUGGGUCUCACUUUAUUUAUAGAAAUAUUAGAAUUCAACUGUAGAAUCUGAUUACUGAUUAGAAGAAUCAAUGAAUCUAUUUGCCGACCCUUCAAUUAUAGUCA